AUGUUGCCGGGGUCAUUGAUCCCGAUCGAACAGAUCCCGGUAACGAGGACUGGAAAAAUCGACCGCCUUCAGCUGAAGCGAAUCGGCGCAUCCAUGACCCUCACGCAGCUAGCUGCGCUGCAGACACGGUCACAGGAGGCCCGGACCGCCCCUUCAACUGACAUGGAACGUCAGCUCCAAUUACUCUGGGCGAAGGUUCUUCAGAUAGAUGCCGCAAGCAUCGCGACUACAGAUUCCUUCUUCCAACUAGGAGGGAACUCGAUCCAUGCGAUGCGUUUGGUAAGUGCGGCUCGUGAUCGCGGAUUGAUCCUUAACGUCGCAGAUGUGUUUCGUUCGACACGGUUAGGCCAGCUUGCACGACUAGUUCACAUAGCUGCAGUCGAUGUUAGUGACGAAUCCGCCUCCGUUCAACCAUUCGUCCUCCUACAUGCGGCUUCCAUCAAAGUAGCGGAGAUACGUGCUCGGGCUGCAGUUCGCUGCAACCUCGACAACGCAGAGUUAAUCGAGGACGCUCUGCCGUGUACGCCACUACAAGAGGGCCUUUUGGCCAUGACCAUCAAACGACCAGGGGAUUAUGUGAACCAGAAUGUAUUCAAGCUCAGCGGGAAUAUCGACGUCCCUCGUCUCAAGCAUGCCUGGAGCAAGGUUGUGCAGAUGACACCAAUUCUCCGCACUCGCAUUAUCGAUCUAUCUCCAAUGGGAAUAGUGCAAGUCGUGAUCGCUAACGAUUUCAUCUGGCGGGUUAGCAGUGGGAAUAUCCAGGAGUAUCUUUCCCGCGAUCGACAGGAGCACAUGCAGUUGGGAACACCGUUGAUGAGAUUAGGCCUCUUGCAUGACAAUGACCGAGGAUGCACGUAUUUGAUCUGGAGUGUACAUCAUGCCCUAUACGACGGGUGGUGCAAGCCACAAAUUCUGGAGCAAGUGCAGAAGGUCUACCGCGGGGAUGUCACUGAACCACUGGCCCCAUUCCGAGACUUUGUAGCGUACCUGACACAAAGGCGGCAGGAAGCUGAUGAGUUCUGGAAAACUCAGUUCCAGGACUUGGAAUUGGCGGCCUUUCCCCCGCUACCAUCGCCGGCAUACCAACCUCGAGCAGAUCACACAAUUGAACAUCACAUCUCGGCAUUGCAAUGGCCUCGCAAUCACGAUAUCACUGCAUCUACCCUUGUACGAGCCUCCUGGGCUAUCCUCGCUUCCAUCUACACCAACUCUCCGGACGUAGUCUUUGGGGUGACCGUCAGCGGGCGGCAAGCGCCUAUCUUCGGGGCUGACAGGAUCGGGGGGCCUACCAUUGCGACGAUUCCCCUGCCAGUCAAGGUGAGAAGAGACAUGAAUGUUGUUGAGUUUCUACGACAAGUGCAAGAACAGUCAGUGAAGAUGAUCCCGUUCGAACAGACGGGCCUGCAGCGCAUCUCCCAAAUCAGCGAGUCGAGCUUCUUUCAGACGUUACUCGUCAUCCAGCCUGCUGAAGCGGACGAUGCUAUGCGUCACGCCACAGACAUGUAUCAGAGCAAUGAUUCCGAUACUGAGGACAAAUCUGACGUGCUGAACGUUUUCAACUCGUAUGCCGUCAUGCUUGAGUGUGUCUUGGAACCCACCGGUCUCAAAAUACGCUUGAACACUGAUUCUCACAUUGUCAGCGCGCGCCAGGCGCGGCGCAUAGUUGAGCAGUUUGAGCAGUUGCUGCGGCAGUUGUGCGAUGCGCAAGAUGUCCAGGUCACGAUGGAGGAAAUUGGAGCUAUCAAUGAGCGGGAUCUGAGGCAGAUAUGGGACUGGAAUGCCACCAUACCACCGGCAGUCGAGAUCUGUGUGCACGAUGUCAUUGCCGAAAGAGUGCUGCAGCAUCCGGAGAAGCAAGCUGUGUGUGCUUGGGACGGUGACUUGAGCUACCGCGAGUUGGACGAUCUGUCAACAACCCUUGCACACCAGUUGGUGGCAGACGGCGUUGGGGAAGGGUCGGUGGUGCCGCUCUGCUUCGAAAAGUCCAAGUGGAUGCCUGUUGCCAUGUUAGGAGUCAUGAAAGCCGGCGGAGCCUCUGUGGCCAUGGACGUAACGCAACCCGAGGAACGGCUGCGACUGAUGGCAGGGCAAGUCAAGGCAAAGGUGAUGCUUUGCUCGGCCGCGAUGCAAGACUUGGCCGCUGCAUGUUCAGUCCCUCUGUGCAAGGUGGUAGACGCGGGCCAGCUGGACGCAACCAGCGUGGCGAGCAGGCCAGACCUACCCAGCGUGAAUCCGGCGGGCACGCUCUGCGUUGUCUUCACAUCUGGGAGCACGGGGACGCCCAAAGGUGCCAUGCUUACCCACGCCAACUUCAGCAGCGCAGUCAAGCACCAACAGCAGGAGCUGGGAUACGCGCCAGCAGAAGGUCGCAUCUUCGACUUUUCCUCGUAUGCCUUCGAUGCGGCAUGGUCCAACUUUGUGCAAUCGGCCGCGGCAGGUGCGUGCUUGUGCAUUCCCUCGGAGGCGGAACGCAAGGAUGAUACGGCACGCUACGAUUGCUAG